AUUAGAACACACCGAGGAUCACAUCCUUUCUCAUUCGUUAGCUAUAUGCGUUGACUAGUACGUAGCCUAUGUCAGUACCAAACGAAAGAGCUAUCAAUCUACCACGUCUCGCUGAAGACUAGAGGAGUUGGCUCGUACCAGAACCUUCAGCGCGAGCUCUGUGACACCAAGUGAUCCAAUUGCCGAAUUGACAGGACAUGGGAAUCACAACGGAGGCCCAACUUCGCCAGUUUCUUCACUCGAAAGAUGUGCCUUGUGACGAAGUGGACUUUCUCGAGGGCGGAUCAGCCAAUUUCUGCUGGCGAAUCAAGUCAAGGUCAAAUGGACGAAGCAUAAUCAAACACGCGGAGCCGUAUAUCCGCAUCAUUCCAGACGUGCCAUUACCGCAAGAGAGAAUAUACUAUGAGCAACUAACACUGGAAUGUUUGGCAACAAUGCUAUCGGCGGAUGAGAAGAUUCGUCUGCCAAGAGUGCAUGAAUACUUUCCGGACAAACAUCUUCUGCACAUGUCUGACGGCGGAGCCUUGGAUCUGCGACAGUGCUACAAGACUGGGCUCCACUUGGACUUUGCUCUCUUAGCGCAGAGGAUAGGUCUCUGGCUUGCGAGAUUGCAUAACGCAACCUCAGCACAACCAGCGCUGAGUGUCUUGAGAGAGAAACUUGACGGCAAUGCGACUGACUUUGCAUAUCAGUAUCCUUUUAAGGGAGUUGCGUCUGUGCUUGAACAUCAAGGCUUCGAUCCUGCACUUGGAGAGCGUAUUAACGCCGCAUAUGGCUCUGAGUCAGUCGAAGACAAAGUUUGCCUUUGUCAUGGCGACUUUUGGCUAUCCAACAUUCAAGUCGCGGAUGAGGACACCACACGUCAAAGCACAGCGGAGGGAAACGUGAAUCAAUUAGAUCCGGUCCUGACCAUCAUAGAUUGGGAGAAUGCUCGUGUAGGAAACGGGGCUACUGAUGUCGGACGGUUCGCUGCAGACGCGUGGCUGGUCGAUCGAUUUUAUGGAGGCAAAGGAAUGUUCAGUGCUUUUUUGACCGCGUACUUAGCAGAGCGUCCUCUAAGUGAGCAAGAAAAGAUCCGCCUCACGGUUUAUUUUGCUGUACACAUAAUAUUCUACUCGAGGAUGAGAUGGACUGAUGACGAAGGCACAAAGAAGCUUGUGCAGACUGGAAAAGGUGUUCUGGAGGCGGUCGAAAGCGGAAAUCAGGAGAGCUUGGCGACCGGCCCUUUGAUGCUGCUAUAUAGCGGAUAUGUUGUUAGUUAAAGAGCAUCGGGUGAAGACUAAUUUAUCAAGCGAGUUUUCUUCCUUGCAUGCAAUUGCUCGACAC